AUGACAAGCAGUGCAGUCGAUAAUCUGACUAUAGGCACAAAUAUUCCACCUAAUUCAAGUAUGAAGAACUCUUCGCCAAUAACAUUAUCCACUGAUAAACCAUCGGACCACGGUGUGGAUAAGAUCCGCGCAUCUAUUGUUCAGGAUGGCUCAGGGUCCUGUAAUAAAUAUAUCAUCAAACUCCAUAACCAGAACUUACCUGGAACUCUUGAUGUGCAACCUGAGAAUACUACUGGAUUCAAUUUCCUUGGUAAAUGUUUUCCUGUUGAUGACGCUGCUGCUGAUGACACUAGGUCCCCUUCAGAAAUUAGUUUUGAUGAUAUCAUAUGGGUCGGCAAUAAGACCGCUGGUACCACUUGUUACACAGAUCAUGCUGAAGAUAGUCACGGAGGUGAAUAUAGGGAUGAACUUACAGAUAAUGAAGUCGCCAUAUCUUAUAUGAUAAAAUCGGAUAGUGAGAUUGUGCCAGUGACGAAAACAUUGAUCAUUGAUAACCUUGAUAUGUUACCAAAUGAUAUUAUCAAAAAAGAGGCGGGGCGUGGAGAUGGAACCUUAGACCAACCCGAAACCAAUGGUUCAAAUGAAAAGCUUGCUCAAUUCAUGUUAUCUCAAGCAUAUUCUGAUCCAUCAUUUUUACAGCGCAGAAUUCUUAUUCUUAUCAAUCCAAAUGGUGGGGCAGGAGAAGCCUUGAAAAGAUUCAAAAAAUAUAUUCAGCCAAUACUCAAAGCCGCGCACGUUCAAUACGAAGUUAUGGAAACUAAUUAUCACUAUCAUUGUCUUGAUAUUGUGAAAGACUUGGACUUUAGCAAAUACGAUAUUAUUGCUUGUUGUUCCGGUGAUGGGAUUCCUCAUGAAGUUAUCAACGGUAUUUAUCGCCGUAAGGACAAGGUGGAGAUCUUCAAUAGAAUUAUUGUCACUCAAUUGCCUUGUGGAUCAGGUAAUGCGUUUUCCUUGACAUGUCAUAAAACCCUUAGUCCAUCAUACGCCACGUUAUCAUUGUUGAAGAGCGCGGUUAUUAAAAUGGAUUUGAUGGCAAUUAAUCAAGGCCACGGAGAACACGCCAAAUAUCAUCUUUCCUUCCUCAGUCAAACUUAUGGGAUGAUUGCUGACGCAGAUAUCGGUACUGAAUGGAUGAGAAGGGUUGGGCCAGUGAGAUUUGACUUAGGAGUCGGUUAUAAAGUGAUCACACAGGCUUCGUAUCCUUGCGAGCUUUUCGUGAAAUAUCAUUCUGAAGGGGUAGAUGAAGUGGUUGAUCAUUUCAAAAGUCAAAAUAAAAAUAGUUUGUCUAAUGAUGGACAUCAAGUUAGUGAAGAGAAUUUUGACUUUGGAUUGCCUAGCUUGAAUGAAGAUGUCCCAUCUGAUUGGACAAAAGUCGAGGAUACAAACUCACUUUCAGUGUUCUACACUGGGAAAAUGCCAUAUAUUGCGAAAGAUACCCAAUUUUUCCCGGCAGCGCUACCCAAUGAUGGUACUAUGGAUCUUGUGGUGAUGCAUUCGGAUACAAGCUUCCUCAAAAAACUCGAGAUUUUGCUUUCCAUAGAUACCGGCAAACACAUAUUUCAUAAAGACACGGUUUAUGGGAAGAUCACUGCUUAUAGAUUGAUUCCGCUAAAAAAUAAUUACAUUAGUGUUGAUGGGGAAAGCUUUCCAUUAGAACCUAUUCAAGCAGAGGUUAUUCCGAAAGUUUUGAAUAUUAUAUCCAAAGACGGAAAUUUCAUGGAGACAGUUUUACACGAGACGACUGCUAAUUAA